ACAGAGUUUCGCUCUUGUCGCUCAGGCUGGAGUGCAAUGGUACUAUCUUGGCUCACUGCAACCUCCGCCUGCUGGGUUCAAGCGAUUCUCCUGCCUCAGCCUCCUGAAGUAGCUGGGAUUACAGGUGCCCACCACCACAUCCAGCUAAUUUUUUUGUAUUUUUGGUUGAGACAGGGUUUCCCCAUGUUGGCCAGGCUGGUCUUGAAAUCCUGACCUCAGGUGAUCCACCUGUCUUGGCCUCCCAAUCAUUACUUCUUAAUCCUUAGGGUUGCAUUCAACAGGCUAGAUGUGGACAUUACUAGACAGAGGUUCUGGAUGCCUUGGACUAUGACCUUUGCCCAUUUCUGCCUUUCAUUAAAAAUAAAACCAAGAGGAGGCAGAAGAUGGAAAGGCAACUGUCUACCUCUCCAUAAGAUCCAUAUUCCACAUGAGUUAAGUAUUCUUCCCUCUUUUCUGAACGUGUGUUUCAUCAUGCCAACCAGAGACACAUUUAUUUCUCUUUUAAAGGAACUUCCCUUCUUAGAUGAGUCUGCCAAAUUUUGCCAAGGGGACUAUUCUUUAUUUGCCUGUUGACUGUCCUUAAUAUCUUCAACACUCCCUCACUCUAAUUCAUCAUUAGAUGAUUAAUGAACACAGGCUUUUUUUGGCCUAUUUCUUGAAUGGUUUCAUCUGAAACAUGGACCUUGAGAUCUUACAUGUCUCCGAGGAUUUGAAAAAAGGUAGAUUCAUUCUAGUUCUCUCCCCUUAGUCUAAGCAGAUGGCUAUGUGCCUCAAAGUUUGGGAUCUAAAGUUAAACUACUAGGUAUCCGAUAGCUUUGGACCAAUCAAGUACAGCAUCUUCAUUUUGCAGGUGAGGAGACACAAAACCAGAUUGUUUAUUUUUCCCUGGUUUCUAUAUAGCUACCAAUGGAGCUAUAACCAAAAUCCAGAUUACCUAGUCAGUGCCUAUAGCUCUGGGCCUCUAUCUGAUGUUUCCCUGAAUUGUGCUGAGGAUGCCACUUGAACUUCAGUGGAGGCCAGAGACUUUAUUGAUUUUAUUUUUUUUGAGAUGAUGGAGUCUUGCUCUGUCGCCCAGGCCAGAGUGCAGUGGUACAGUCUUGGCUCACUGCAACCUCUAACUCCCGGGUUCAAGCAAUUCUUCUGCCUCAGCCUCCUGAGUAUCUGGCACUACAGGUGCGUGCCACCACGACUGGCUAAUUUUUAUAUUUGUAUUAGAGACGGGGUUUCACCAUGUUGGGCUGGUCUCGAACUCCUGACCUCAGGUGAUCUGCCUACCUCGGCCUCCCAAAGUGCUGGGAUUAUAGGUAUGAGCCAAAGCCAGAGACUUUACUCCAUAGGUUACAUAGAUAGGGCUGUUAGUGUGGCUGAGAUUUACUGCAGCCUUUCAGGGACUGGGUCUGGGAGGCAGUCACUCUCUAUACCCCUACAGCACUCUGAAGUCAAGAUCAUGCUGAUAGCCUUCUGACAUCAGUGGAGUUUAGUUUCUUGGCCAUUUAGAGGCCGCUAAACAGAAAGUGUGAUUCAGGCAUUCUUUCCCUGUCCGUUGAGAAGCAACACAUACUGUAUAGUAUAAUGAGUUUGAAUCUAGAAUGUAUUACUUGGCCUUGUGCCAAAUUACUUAACUUCUCUGUACUUCACACUAUUUUUUUGUAUUGCAGGAAUAAUAAUAAUUCCCCUCAGAGUUAUUGUGAACAAUAAAUGAGUCAAUAUUCAUACAAUUCUUAGAAUAGGCAGGCCCAAAGAAAGGCCAUUUCUGGAGACUGUACUUCCAAGUUAGAUUCCUUUCACAAGUUAUUUUUUCAUUUUUUCUAGGUAGAAAGUUUCCCUAGUGGAGUUUGUAUGUGUCUAUCAUAUGUGUCACAUGCACAAACACAUCUAAUGCAUAAUACAGUUGUAUAUAUAAUGAGCUUAUUUGAAAUGAAGAAACAACUACACUUUGAGACUCUUGCACUGUACAGUAUGAUAUGGCUUGAAUAUGUGUCUCCACCAAAUCUCAAGUUGUAUUGUAACCCUGACAAUGAGGUGAUUGGAUCUUACAGGUUGAUACCUCAGAGCUUGGUGCUGUUCUUGUGAUAAUGCAUAAGUUCUCAUGAGAUCUGGUUGUGUAAAAGUGUGUGAUACCUCUCCACCUCUUCUCCUGCUUUUGCCAUGUGAUGUGCCUUAUCCCCCUUUGCCUUCCACCAUGAGUAAAAGCUCCCUGAGGCCCCCCCAGAAGCUGAGCAGAUGCCAUCACCAUGGUUGUACAGCCUGAAGAACUGUGAGCCAGUUAAACCUAUUUUCUUUAUAAAUUACCCAGACUCAAGUAUUUCUUUAUAGCAAUGCAAGAAUGGCCUAAUACAGCAAAUUGGCACUGAGGAGCUGGCUUGGCUAUAAAGAUAUUUAAAAAUGUGAAAGGAACUUUGGAACUGGGUAACAGGCAGAGGGUGGAAGAGUUUGGAGGGCUCAGAAGAUGGGAAGAUGAGGGAAAGUUUAGAAUUUCUUAGAGACUGGUUAAAUGUUUGUGACAAAAAUGCUGAUAGUGACAUGGACAGUGAAGUCCAGGCUGACAAAGUCUCAGAUGGCAAUGAGGAACUUACUGGGAACUAAAGCAAAGGUCAUGUGUGUUAUGCCUUAGCAAAGAACUUGGUUGCCUUGUGCCCCUGCCCUAGGGAUGUGUGGAAGUUUGCACUUCAGAGUGUUGAUUUAGGGUAUCUGACAGAAGAAAUUUUUAAGCAGCAAAGGAAGAUGUAGCCUGGCUCUUUCUAACAGUCUAUCUGUCCUCAGAUGUAGAAGCAAAGAAAUGAUUUAAAGUUGGAAGUUAUAUUUAAAGGGGAAGCAGAGCAUAAAAGUUUGGAAAAUUUGCAGAGGAAAAAAAAAAAAAGCUUUUUCAGCAGAGAAAUUCAAGCAGGCCAUGGAGCAACCACUUGCUAGAGAGAGUUGCAUAACUAAAAAUGAGCCAAGUGCUAAUAGUCAAGAAAAUAGGAAAAAGGCCUCAAAGGCAUUUCAGAGAUCUAAGAGGCGAUGCCUCCCAUCAUGGGCUCAGAGGCCCAGGAGGACUUAAGGAUUUCAGAGCCAGAUCCUGGGUCCCACUGCCCUGCACCACUGCAGGAGGCUGCUCCUAAAUCCUGGUUGCUCAGGCUUCAGCCAUGGUUCCAAUGGGCCCAGGUACAGCUCAGGCUGCUGCUGUGGAGGGUAGAAGCUGUAAGCCUUGGUGGCUUCCAUGUGGUGUUAAGCCUGUGGAUAUGCACAGUGCAAAAGUGAAGGAGGCUUGGAAGCCUCUGCCUAGAGUUAAGAGGAUGUAUGAGAAGGCCUGGGUGUCCAGGCAGAAGCCUGCUGUAAGGGGCAGAAGCCCCUUUAGAGAACCUCUACUAGGGCAGUCCAGAGGGGAAAUGUGGAGUUGGAGGCCCCACACAGGGUCCCCACUGGGGCACUGCCUGGUGGAGCUGUGGGAAGGGGGCCACCAUCCAGACCCCAAAAUGGCAGAUCCACCAGAAGCUUAGACUCUGUGCUUGGAAAAGCCACAGGCACUCAACAACCUGGGAGAGCAGCGUGGGGCUGAACUCUGCAAAGCCACAGAAGUGGAACUGCCCAAGGCCUUGGGAACCCACCCCUUGCACCAUUGUGCCCUAGAUGUGGGACAUAUAGGAGAUUAUUUUGGAGCUUUAAGAUUUAAUGACUGCCUUGCUGCAUUUCAAGCUUGAAUGGAGCCUAUAGCCCCUUUCUUUUGGCUGAUUUCUCCCUUUUACAAUGGGAGUGUUUACCCAAUGCCUGCACCUCCAUUGUAUCUUGGAAGUAAAUAAAUUGUGAUUUACAGGUUCAUAGGUGGAAGAAAUUCAUCUCCAGAUGAGACUUUGGACUUGGACUUGGGACUUUUGAGUUAAUGCCAGAAUGACGUAAGACUUUAGGGGACUAUUGAGCAGUCCCCUAAAAAUACUGAUUGUAUUUUGCAAUAUGAGGACUUGAGACUUGGGGGCCAGGAGCAGAAUGAUAUGGUUUGGAUAUAUGUCCCCAUCAAAUCUCAUGUUGAAUUGUAAUCACCAAUGUUGGAGGUGAAGCCUGAUGGGAGGUGAUUGGAUCGUGGAGGUAGAUCCCUCAUGGCUUGGUGCUGUCCUUGCAAUAAUGAGUGAGUUCUCAUGAGAUCUGGUGUGUAAAAGUGUGUCAUCUCCCUCCCUGCCUUGCUCCUGCUUUCACUAUGUGAUAUGCCUGCUCCCCUUUCACCUUCCGUUGUGAGUAAAACCUCCCUGAAGGCUCACCAGAAGCUGAGAAGAUGCCAACACCAUGCUUUUACAGCCUGCAGAACCAUGAGCGAAUUAAACCUCUUUAUAAAUUACCCAUCCUCAGGUAUUUCUUUAUAGUAAUGCAAGAACAGCCUAAUACAUAGUAUAUACACAUUAGUUGAUUAUAGAUAAUCUCAUAUCAAAUUGGCACAGUUUAACAAUCAUUAAAAUAUUAAUAAGCAUGAGAGUGAACUUCAAAUUGGCCAUAUCCAAGAACUCUGUCAUAGUUCUUUCUCUUGUCAGGAUAUUCUGCCUACUUUUAGAUAUCCUAUAUUUCAGGAUUCUUCUAGUGAGACAAUUUGCAAAAAUCUUCAAAUUUUGGAUCUCCCUGGUUUCAUAAUGCCUCCAAAAACUAAAUAUUUCCUAACAAUCUCUCUUCUCCAGAAUGGGAUAUAGUAUUUAAUAAUGUAAUAAUAUUCCACUAAGUACAACAUUCCCAUUAGUUCUCAUAUUACCUUAUGGCAGUAUGGGUAUUCUCAAAUCUUCAGAGACUUCUGUUGGGGACAAGAACUUUUGCUUUAGUAGCUUUAGAGGCUUUGUAACUUACCUACUGGGAGAUGCAGUAUUCAUCUGUCAUGUAAUUGUCAAUAUUUUAGUUCCACUGCACUAGAGAAGUAUUUCUCUACCCUUCAGACCUACCAUUCCCUUUACUAUUCUGAAAUAAAAUUCAUAGAUAAUACUACCUACCUACCUAUGAAAUAAUUUCAAAAGUAUCAAUAUGUUACCUUAACUAUAAUAUGAAGGAGCAGGAAAAGGAAAGUGAUUUAUAAUCGAAUAAUAUGCAUUUCAGCAUGUAAAUGACUGGAUGAAAUAGAUGCUUACACCUAUUAGAAUCACUGAAUACAACUACAAAUGCAGCCUGAUUUAUGAAUUAUAUUUGUGAAUCUAAUACCAUAAGUGGUUUUAUUUCCCUGAAAUGGUGAAAAAUUCCUAAUAACAUUGAAACAAAAAAUGUAUAUUUUGGCUGGACGUAGUGGCUCAUGCCUGUAAUCCCAGCGCUUUAGGAGGCUGAGGUGGGCAGGUCACUUGAGCCCAAGAGUUUGAUGCCAGCCUGGGCAACCUGGUGAAACCCCAUCUCUACAAAAAAAAUUAAAAGUUAGCCAUACAUGGUGGUGUGUGCCUGUAGUCCCAGAUACUUAGGAGGCUGAAGUCAGAGGAUCACCUGAGCCUGGAGAGGUCAAGGCUGCAGUGAACUGUAAUUGUACCGCUGCACUCCAGCCUGGGUGAUAGAGUGAGACCCUGUCUCAAAAAAAGAAAGAAAAAAAAUGUAUAUUUCCUUGAUUUUCCAAUACAUAUAAAAGCUAUGCAAAAUACUUUGUAUGUAUGCAUAAAGUGUUACUAGGUUUUAGUUUCAGGUAAUUAUUAACAACUUUUUUGAAAGUCAGGUAGGAUAAAUGACAGUUCUUUGUUCUGCAGGAAUGUCUAUCAUCCCUGGCCCCCAUUAAAUUCUAAUAGUACUAUCCAAUCAUUGUGACAACCCAAAAUAACCUCACAAAUUCUCCAGAGUCUCCCUAGGAUGCCAUCUUGAGGAUCACUGUAAUAAAAGAGAGAGGUUAUAGUGAACUGACAAUAAAAUAAUGUGUUAGGCCAUUCUUGCAUUGCUAUGGAAAUGAAAUACCUGAGACUGGGUAAUUUAUAGAGAAAAUAGAUUUAAUUGGCUUACAUUUCUGCAGGCUGUGCAAGCAUUUCUCCAGCAUCUGCUUCUGGUGAGGGCCUCAGGAACUUUCCAAUUAUGGUGGAAGGUAAAGGGGGAGCAAGCAUGUCACAUGGUAAGAGCAGGGGCAAGAGACAGCAAGGGAGGGGAGGUCCCAAACUUUUAAGCAACUAAAUCUCACAUGAACUAACUGAGGAAGAACUCACUUAUCACCAAGAGGAUGCUGCUAAACCAAUCAGGAGGAAUCUGCCCCCAUGAUCCAACCAUCUCCCACCAGGCCCCACUUCCAACAUUGGGAAUCACAUUUUUUUCUUUUUUUCAGGGGAGGCUGGGGAGGAAUCACAUUUCAGCCUGAGAUUUGGAGGGAACAAAUAUCUAAACCAUAUCAAAUAACAAUGGAGGAGCUUAAGGAUCUGAGCUACAAGAAUGGAAGCCAGCCAAGGUAGCAGUAAGGCCAAUUCCUAUUAAGGAAUGUUGGCAUCAUAAAGUAUGCAAUUGGAUCUUUUUUUUUGUGAGACGGAAUCUCACUCUGUCGCCCAGGCUGGAGUGCAGCGGUGCGAUCUCGGCUCACUGCAACCUCUGCAUCCCAGGUUCAAGCAAUUCUCCAGCCUCAGCCCCCCAAGUAGCUGGGAUUACAGGCAUGCACCACCAUGCCCAACUAAUUUUUGUAUUUUUAGUAGAGAUGGGGUUUCACCAUGUUGGCCAGGCUGGUCUCAAACUCCUGACCUCAACUGAUCCACCCGCCUCAGCCUCCCAGAGUGUUGGGAUUACAGGCAUGAGCCACUGCGCCCUCCAGCAAUUGGAUCUUAAUGUGAGAUUCUACAAUAAGAAAUUCUGACUCCUGCAUCAACCCAGUAGCAGGGCUUUUUAUCUUCCCUGUUUUCAGUUGAAAGGCAUGUUCUUGGCAAAGCUGAACACAGACAGCAUCAUCAUGUUAUUUGAGGUUCUCCAUGCAUGGCUUCUUGGCACAUAUCCUCCAAGGCUAACCUCUACAUCUGAGAGGUCCCAGUCUAUGAGAAAGGAAAGAUUUUUAUGAAGCCAGAUUAACUCCCUAAUCUCAUGGAUAUCAAAUUAUGCUGUGAGCAGAAAUAUUUGGGGAACUGUUAUACAGUUCAUUGCCUCCUUUAAUACACAAGGACUCCAAGUGAAUUAACAAGAGGAGGGGUUAAACAAGCUUUAAUGAGGAAAUUUAGAGUCCAGGGAUGGGCAAGAAGAAAAGGCACAGGUUCCCAGAUCUUCCUAUUUUCCUGACAAAGGCUGCUGGAGCCAGGGUACUCUGCUGGACACUCUGAUAGGUUGGUGUUCCAGGAGAGGUCCUUGCUGCCCUGUUGCUCUCCCUUCUUAUAAUACAAGUAGAAAACAACAUUGUCAGUGUGGACAUAAACACACUACUUGGUGCCAGGCAAUAUGAAUGUGAGGUGUUUGCUUUUUAAACAAGAGUUGGCCGGGCGCAGUGGCUCACGCCUGUAAUCCCAGCACUUUGGGAAGCUGGGGCGGGUGGAUCACGAGGUCAGGAGAUCGAGACCAUCCUGGCUAACACAGUGAAACCCCGUCUCUACUAAAAAUACAAAAAAUUAGCCGGGGCGUGGUGGCGGGCGCCUGUAGUCCCAGCUACUCGGGAGGCUGAGGCAGGAGAAUGGUGUGAACCCGGGAGGCGGAGCUUGCAGUGAGCCGAGAUCGCGCCAUUGCACUCGAGCCUGAGCAACAGAGGGAGACUCCAUCUCAAAACAAAACAAAACAAAACAAGAGUCAUCUGGGAAAGCUAGCUGUCUAGUACCUGGGAAGCUUGAGAUCUUUGGUAAGUUUCAGCCCCUCUGUAGAGAGAAGGGGCCUCCUGUCCUAUGGAAAGCUGAGUUUCUGUUUUAUACCCGCCUGCUGUGAGAAGAAUGUUAGGGGGCAGAAGAUAGUCCAAGUUAGCACUUUGUUCAAGCAACCUAGACUGUAUUUCUAAGGCUCUUUCUGGACAUUCAACUUGUCAAGUCACAUGAACGUAUUAAAAUACAAAUGCCUGGGUCCCAUCAGACUUGCUAGGUCCAAAGCAAGGUUCAGAUAUCUGGAGUAACAAGUGUCAUAAGUAAUUCUGAUGUGUAUGUGUGUAUGUAUGUAACCUGUGUGUGUAUGUAACCCAUCUUUUGGCAUCUAAUUUUAGUCCCUUUCAGAGACUCAUUUUCUCCAGCCCCUCCUGCCAUAGACCCUGUGAAAGCUCACGCUACCUUUUCUAUAGAUAAAAACACUGAGAUUGAGCUCUGAAUAGCUCUGUGUCUUCAGCACCAGCAGCCUUGUGUUAAAUCGUUUCUAAUCUGCAGGAACCCCAGCAUGUUAAUUGAACUUGAUCACCCAGUUGAAGGAAGAAUAAUAGUAGAUGUUGGAUCUUCAGGAAGCUGAAGAGGGCAGUGCCCAGAAAUACCUGUCUUGAUAGGGGGAUUUGAGCUGAACCAAAGCAUCAACACCAAUCAGACUGUUUCCGAAGAACUAGAGUUUUCUGGGUCAGCAAUGGAAAGCCUCAGAGGGAAUACUGCUCAGGGUCCUACAAAUGAAGAAGACUAUAAAAAUGAAGGCCAAUUAUCAAGGCAAACAAAAUGUCCUGCACAGAAGAAAUCCUCUUUUGAGAACACAGUGGUCAGAAAAGUGUCAGUGACACUCAAAGAAAUUUUCACAGGGGAGGAAGGCCCUGAAUCCAGUGAAUUUAGUCUAAGCCCAAACCUUGACGCACAACAGAAAAUUCCAAAGGGAGAUGGAUCCCCAAUAUCUAGGAAAAACUCCAAAGAUAAUUCAGACUUAAUUAAACACCAAAGACUUUUCUCACAAAGAAAACCUUGUAAAUGCAAUGAAUGUGAAAAAGCCUUUAGUUACCAAUCAGACCUUCUUGUACACAGUAGAAUUCAUGGUGGAGAAAAGCCUUUUGAAUGCAACAAAUGUGGGAAAUCUUUCAGCCGAAGUACACACCUUAUUGAACAUCAAAGAACUCACACUGGAGAGAAACCUUAUGAAUGCAAUGAAUGUGGAAAAGCUUUUAGCCGGAGCACACAUCUUAGUCUACAUCAGAGAAUCCAUACUGGAGAAAAACCAUAUGAAUGUAGUGAAUGUGGAAAAGCCUUUAGCCGAAGCACUAACCUUAGUCAGCAUCAGCGAACUCAUACUCAAGAAAGGCCUUACAAAUGUAAUGAAUGUGGGAAAGCCUUCGGUGACCGUUCAACCAUAAUUCAGCAUCAACGAAUACACACUGGAGAGAAUCCCUAUGAAUGCAGUAAAUGUGGAAAAGCUUUCAGUUGGAUCUCAUCACUUAUUGAACAUCAGAGAACACACACUGGGGAGAACCCCUAUGAGUGCAGUGAAUGUGGGAAAGUGUUCAGUCGAAGCUCGUCUCUUACAGAACAUCAGAGAAUCCACAGUGGAGAAAAGCCUCACGAGUGUAGAGUGUGUGGAAAGGGCUUCAGUCGAAGCUCAUCCCUUAUUAUUCAUCAGAGAACUCAUACCGGGGAGAAGCCGUACAAAUGUAAUGACUGUGGAAAAGCCUUCAGUCAGAGUUCAACUCUGAUCAGACAUCAGCACCUUCAUACUAAAGAGUAAUAUCUGAGCUUUUAUUAAUGUUAGCAUAAGAACACAUAUACCUAACCUCCCACCACUGAAAUAUAUAUAUUUCAAGUAUAUAUAUACUUGUUCUAAUUUUCUUUUAUUAGAUACCUACACCCGUUUUAAGCUUUCAUUCGUUCUUUCCAUCCAUCUAUCCUUUCCUCUCCCCUCCCUUCUUCCCUCCUUCCUACUUUUUCUCCCUCUCCCUGUUCUUUCUUUCUCUUUUCUCAAAUAAGUUCACAAUAAAACAAAGGGAUGACUCAAAAAACAUAAUAUAUGAAAUCUAAUAUUCUGAAGGGCUCCAACUUUAGAGUAUAAAGCUACCUGACACCUUGUAGUUUCUCUGCUAAUCUAUUCCUUCAAGCGUGGGUCCCCGAACCACCAGGUUCUCCUCUGUUUUCUAACCACAUCAGCCCCUGCACAUGAAGAGAAAAUCCUGUGUGUGUGUCUUCAUACUUGCUGGCUCUAGUACCAGAAGAGAGGGAUCUGGCUUCAGAGCAGGAUUGAAAACUUCUCACCAGUCUGGGGAUAAUAGUGUUGAGGCAAAUUCAUUCUCUUGACUUGCAAAAACAGAUUUUUCUCAUCUUCCUCCUUCUCUCACCUUUUUUGCAGUAGCAUUUUUCCUCAAAGUAUAACUCAUUUUUUUACUAAUGCCUAACUAAUCCUAGUGUUAUUUUAUCAUAUUUUUACCAAGAAUGUUCUAAAAAUCUUGAAGACGUUCCUCCAUGAUCUUGGGAAAAAAAGUUGCCAAAUGCUGUGCUGUUUUUGUUUGUUUGUUUUUAAUUUUCUUUCAUUUACAGAUUUCAUGAAACUUAUAUUCUGUGGUUUUGACCCUCACCAAUCUUGGAAGAUUGAUCUCUCAAGGACAAACCCAGUGCCUAUUUCUCAGUCCUUUUUCUACUUGACAUUUGCAGAAUUGGCACUUUUUGCUACUGUUAUGCCUUAAAUCUUGAGCUUCUUUCAGGAUCCAUGAUUCGGUGCUGAUCUACACUUUUCCUACCUCUCAGCAUUUCUUUGAUUGUCAAUGAUCAGCUCUGUGAUUUGGGGCAAGGGUUAGGCCAGAAUAAUCUCAUUUUAUCAAGUUAUAAAACUUGAGGUAGUGCAACUAGAUUAUACACUUCUUGAAGACAGAAAUCUUGGUUUGUUUGUUGUUUUAUUUUUGAGAGAAGGUCUUGCUGUGUUGCCCAGGCUGGAGUGCAAUGGCACAAUCAUAGCUCACUGUAGCCUUGAACUCCUGGGCUCCUGCCACAGCCUCCUGAGUAGCUAGGGCUGCAAGUGUGUACCACCACACCCACAAUUUUAAAGUUUUUUUGUGGAGACAGGAUCUCACUAUAUUGGCAAGGCUGGCCUCCAUCUCCUGAACUCAAACAAUUCUCCUACCUCGGCUUCCGAAAACACUGACAUUACAGGUAUGAGCCACCACACCUGCCAGAAAUCUUGUUUUUGAUUGAUAUAAAACAUCACAAAGUACUGAGUAGACACUAAAUGCUCUGUAAUUAUUGCUCACUGAUUCCUCUUUAUCUGUAAUCAAUCAACUUGACUUUAUUUGAUAUGGAUUAAUAAUUGAUUUCUUUCUCUUUUUCUACUGCUGCUUCCAAGUUCUUGGUACCUUGUGCCUAGAUUACUAAAUUGAUCACUGUUGACUCACUACCAUUAUCUAGCUCCUUACUAAACUACUACUUUGUUAAAAAAAAAUAGUCGUUUCCCAGUGACCUCUGCCCCAAAUGUAAACUUCUUUAACCUAAAGGUCUUUCAUAGUUUGAUCUACUUAUUUACUUCCUUUCUCUUCUCAAAGAUAAUACAUGCGGGCAGGCCUGUUUUGUCCCUACUAUACCCUCUUCUCACACUUUUUUUCUUUUCAAACUGUUCCUUGGCACUUCUAUGUGUCCUACUUUCUUCGUUGUAUUCCAGAAACCCUAUCCACCCUUUUUUAAAGGCCACGCUCAUAUCCUGACUCUGUGACACUUUCAGUCCCCUGCCUUCUUAGAAAUCCUUUGUAGUGAUGGUUUGCAUUAUUCUCCUGUAUUAGACACCUUCUUUACUGUUUUCUGGUUCUUUCACAAGUACUUUUUUACAUAAGCUGUUUUGAAGUUGUAAAUCAUCCUAAAUCUUUUAUAAGCCUCAUAUAAUACAUAGUACAAUGCCAGCCUGGACUCUAGUUUUAAUCUAAAUACAUAGGGUUUAAUUUAGCAGCAUAAUCUUUUUAGUCUUUUGAAUGAUGAGGUAACCUCAUAGGUAUUUUGGCCCAUUUUGUUUUUCCUUGAAUUACAUAUAUAACUGACUAUUUAGACUGACUCCUUUAGAUCUCCUGGGAUGCUGACCUCUUGGCUUUCCAAUUCAUGAGACUAUUGUAAAGAAUAAGUGAGUUCAUUCAUGUAAAGUAGUAAAACAGUGCCUGACAUAAAGUAAAUUCUCAAUAAAUUCUAAUUGUUAUGAUUCUAGUGAUU